CUCGGUGGACCGGACCCCCUUUAAUCUGUUCCAGCCCAGCCUGGAGGACCUGGUGAAAGCAGAGAAGCUGUUCUGCUCAUCUCCGUCUCAUAAGAUCGAUUACUUCAUCUCUGCGGAGAGGAUGGACCACGCCCCGCUGCUCAAAUCUCCAGAGGUGUGUUUCAUCGGCAGAAGCAACGUGGGCAAGUCGUCCCUCAUCAAAGCUCUGUUCUCUCUCACACCCGAGGUGGAGGUCGGAGUCUCCAAGAAAGACCACCGAGUCUCGGAGCCGAGCAGAGACCACCGAGUCUCAGAGCUGAGCAGAGACCACCGAGUGUCAGAGCCGACCAGAGACCACCGAGUCUCAGAGCCGAGCAGAGACCACCGAGUGUCACUGAGGUGUUUCUGGACUGGUCAGAGACUUGAAAUGUAUUUGAAAUGAUGAUCUGUGUUGAGAGCUGCUCUUCUUUUGUUUAAUAAUAAAAUCUAAACUCUUU